AUGGAAGAAAAGAAUCAGACCGCUCUUACUGAAUUCAUAAUUAUGGGAUUCUCCAAUCUAAACGGACUGGAGUUUUUGCUAUUCACCAUCUUCUUUCUGACUUAUAUAGGUACUUUGGGAGGAAAUAUAUUCAUUAUUUUGGUCACUGUCCUUGAACCACAUCUACAUACACCCAUGUAUUAUUUUCUAGGGAAUUUGGCCUUUCUUGAUAUUGGAUACACUACCACAAAUAUUCCCCAGAUGAUGGUGCAUCUUUUAUCUGAGAAGAAGAGCAUUUCCUACAUGGGAUGCAUAGCUCAACUUUUCGCAUUCAUUUUUUUUGUAGGAUCAGAAUGUCUCCUUUUGGCAGCAAUGGCAUAUGAUCGCUACAUAGCGAUCUGUAAACCUUUAAGGUAUUCAGUUAUUAUGAAAAAGGUCCUAUAUAACCAGUUAGCAAUCUCAUGCUGGAUAGGUGGUUUUCUCAAUUCAGUGGUGCACACAGUUCUGACAUUCCGCUUGCCGUUCUGUGGGAACAAUAAGAUUAAUUAUUUCUUUUGUGACAUUCCUCCUUUACUAAUUUUGUCUUGUGGAGACACUUCUGUCAAUGAGCUAACACUGCUCUGUAUUGGAGUUUUCAUUGGAUGGACCCCUUUCCUGUGUAUAAUCCUUUCUUACCUUUAUAUAAUCUCCACCAUUUUAAGGAUUAAGUCCUCAGAGGGGAGACACAAAGCCUUUUCUACAUGUGCUUCCCACCUUAUCAUUGUCCUUCUUUAUUAUGGCAGUGCGAUUUUCACAUAUGUACGGCCAAUCUCAACUUACUCACUAGAGAAAGACAGACUAAUCUCAGUAUUAUACAGUGUCAUUACCCCCAUGCUUAAUCCUCUUAUAUAUACAUUGAGGAAUAAGGACAUUAAAAAAGCUAUGAAAGCUGUAAGAAGAAAAUGGGUGUCAUAA